AGACCUCAGUGGGAGGAAACGAAACUGAAAGUGUUGAUGUGGAGUUUGUGCUACACAAAGCUCGCUGUCAGACCGCUGCAGAUCUCUGUGCAUAUGACAUGUUUCGGAUUCAUCUGACUGACUGGAGGAAAAGUGCUAGUUAAAGCUUGAAAGAAUUUAAAAAUGAAGAGGAAAAAGACAAACAAAGAAACUAGGAAAGAAAGACGGAAGAAGACCAAAAAAUCAGCAAGUGGUGGCAGAACCUCAACCCCAGCCCAGGUUCAGAGCCAAAAUGAAGACACUGCAUCAAGUAACCAGAGUGAACUCCAGCCUGAUCAGGACUGUGCUAGCAGCCCAGUGCCUGAGACAGGAAAAGUGAACGCUCAAACCCAAACAAGACGAAAUAUAAAUAACAGAGAGACCCAGACUGAGUCCAUCAGUCACAAAUCAUGUCACACACAAACCGAGUCAGAUCCCAGGUCCGAAGCCACCAUUCAAGGCCAAGGGAAUGCAGAAAAUGAUUCACCCGAGACAAAUGAAGAAAAGGGUGCUGACAAUUCUGUGUCAACACCUCCUGAUCCUGGAGGAGACAAGAAGGAAGGAACAACUACACCAUCACACUGUGAUGAAGUAAUGCAGGAGGAGGACAUCAAGAGCAAGAAGGGAGAACAGACGGGAAAAGAUCCACAAGAUUCCUCUAACCCCAAGUCUACAGAAACAAAACCGAUGUCAUACGCUCAAGCAGCAUCAGGCAAAGACUCAAAGGAAAAAAACAACCAGACAGUAGCAGGACAGGAUGGCAAAACCCACGACAAAGCAGCGCAGCGAACAACGUCCCCAGUGAGAGGACCAACUGGGAAACCCAUGUUCACAUUUUAUGUGUACAUAGUUAUGGACAAAAGCUUCAAGUUUAACAGUGAGGAAGACAAGUUUCUGAUCUGUUAUGAAAAUGGUUCUAAUGAAUUAGAAAUAACCCUGUUCAGUGGCAUGAAUAAGAAUGGCUAUUUAAUUGAGGCGAAAUACUCUGUUGAUGAACAUUAUGUGACGCGUGGCGGCACGGUAUCAUACCGCUAUGCAGUGCAGAAACGAGGGAACACAGUACAGGAACUUGCCACAAGAUACCUCCAGAUUCCUUCUGAUGGCUCAAUAAAAGAAAUGCACCUUUUUGAGGCCCAUAUGAGUUGUUCAGGUCCAGGAAAAUUUACGGAAUGGCUGAGGAGGUGGCUCAAAUCUGCCGAAAAAGUCAUAGCUGAGGACUGGCACAAUUCUGCAUGUUUACUACUGAACAGAUUGUUUGAGAAAUGGGAACCAUCAAACCAGGAGGCCAUGAAGACAUUCACACAACUCUUACACCAGUAUCAGUGGUGUUUUCACAGUGCCAGUCAGCGGGUUUUUUACACGGAUCAGCUGUCUGCUCCUUUUAUACAGGUGUCUGAAUUGAUAGCAGCAAAGCUGGUUAAGAUACUGAAUGCUGAAAGAAGCUCAUCAGAGAGCUCAGCUAAUGUGGGCCCUCUUGCAGUUGGCCUCUCAGUGUUCCAGGUGACCUGUGCAUCUGGUGUCAAGCUCGGGAUUAAAGACUGGUUUGUGCUCUGUCAGCUGGUAUCAUCUGCUCCUGCUCUCAGACAAGUACAAGAAAUGCAAAAUUCCUUUCCAUCACUGCAGCACACAGUAAUCGGUCUGAUAAACCAGUGUGCCCGCCAUCUGAUCUCAGAGGCACUUCUGCUGGUUCCUCUCCUCCAUUCUGUGAGGCCGCCUGGUGCAGGCUCAGGCCGAGUCGGGCCGACUGUGGAGGAACAAGACUGGACAGGACUGCAAGACGUGGAGUUCCGUACAUACAGAGAGAAAAUAAGAAUAUAUUCUGAUAAGAGAAGGAUGACCCUUGAACUGGUUGAAAAGCACAAGUCACUGGCCAAGGACAAGCCUCAUGUUGUGACUGCCUGGCUGUCCAUGAUAGCAUUUGAUGAUAUAUCCAAGUUUGCCAAGUUGACAGAAAUUGCAUCUGAACAGCUAAUUCAGAGCCUGAUGUACAGAUUGAGAGAUUUUCAACUACACCUUCGAAACACUGAUCCUAACCGUACACAGAAAGAUCUGCAGGUCACAGAAAAGAUUCUGGCAGAUCUGUUGAAAUGUGUUGAUAAGGAGAAAGAAAGGCUCAUGAGCUCUAAAUGGUUGGACGCCAUAUUUCAGUGCUGCAUAAACGUCCAUAAGAGCACUUGUGCAAUGACUCGACUUGUUCCAGCAUAUAACGCAACAGUUCUGUCCUUUCAGCUGGUUUUAAAAAUGGCUGAAAUUCAGUAUGAAUUUCUUUCAAAGCAUGGAGAGGACAAAGAUUCAGACAAGAAAAUGCUUUUGAAACGGCUUGAAACCACUCAGAAGGAGUUCAGUCAGUGGAAAGACAGUCUACUGCAGAAUCCUCUGAUUCAAGAUUCCAGACUCAAUUACCCAAAAGAAAUGGAGCUCUGGAAUGCUUUCUUUGGGCUGGAGUGUUCAGUUCCCUCUGUUACAGAGCAAUGGAUGUGCUGUGUAGAGAGAGACUUGAAAAAGAGGAUCUCUGAGCUUAAUGACAUACAGAAGGUACAGAUCUGUUGUCUGGAAACACUAGCAGGAGCUAUAGAUAAAAGCCACGCCACAAUUCAGACUUGUUUUCAGGAUAUGUGCUUCUCUGCCAUUAAAAAGUUAUGCAAGGCAGGUAAAGAAGGGAAUCUUCUGCAGACUCUACAUCCAUACUUGAAACAUGCUUCUUCCUCCAUCUUGUCCUCGAUCAUCACUGAGUCAACAGCUCGUUUUGGAGAAGACAGUGUGACCCAGCUACUGGAUGACCAAUCUGCUGUCCAUGUCCUCUUAUCUCAGGGAGAUUGGAGUCAUUACAAGUUAAAUGAAGAGGCCAGUCAAGUCAUGAACAUGUGCCAGGAUACUUAUGGUCAUUUGGUCAAUUCUCUUUGCCAGGGUAAUAUUCCCUUUGGUCACCUGCAGAUUAUCCUGAAACAUCGGAAACAAUUCCAAGAGCUAUACAAAAAAUGUAAAAAACACAUAAAAUUGAAUAAAAUCACUAUUGAUGUAGAAAGACUACUUAAUCAAAGAGAGAAAGAUCGCCAAGCCCUGCUGGAACAAAGGAAACACAUAGAUGUCCUCAUAAAAAUGGUUGGGAAAAUCUCAGAGAUAAUUCAAGUACCUGAGAUCUCACCACUUGAGAAAGAACACAAGAUUGAUAUGCAGCCAAUGGGAUUAAAUGAGCUGGUGGGAGUACAGGAAUGCUUCUCCAAUGAAGAUCUAAAAGAUAUUUCCACAGGGAAGGUUCUAUACUACAGUGCUGACUUACUUUCAGUGAUGAAUGCAGCAAAUGAGAUGCACGAAUUUCAAGACAGCAAUCUUAUUCUCAAAUCAUGGAUGGACAGAGCAAAUGCACUGGCUAUGGACUCUGGUUUUCUUUGUCUGUUGCUGAAAGACGUUCUUUCUGAAAUAUGGCAGCCUUCUCUUAGGGACUUUUACCAGCUAGGUACAAGGAUUAGUCAUGGAUUUGUGACUUUUGAGGAAGUGGACAAGGCUGUUAAAGGAUGUGGAGACAAAGGUGAUGGCGCGCGGCUCAAGAAGGAGAUGAAGCUUAUGGCCACAAAGCUUGAGAAAUAUCCAGGUCUGGAGAACAACUGGCUGGAACCAAGGUUCAGUCAGAUCCAGGAGUAUAGACAGCUUCACCAUGCGGCAGAGUCUGCCAAUGCAAUACUGAAGAUAAAAAACAGUCUCAAUCUGAAAGGAGACUUCAGCCAUAUAUACAGUCUUACUCAGCUGAGAGAAGAUUCAUUCAAAAAGAAGCCCCUAGUUUCAUUGAGCAAGGACCUUAUUAGUGCCAAGCAAAAGCUUUCUCACGUCAACCAUCAGCACACAGCUUGUCUCGAGGCGUUCCUGAACAGCGAAAAACUAGUCAACUGGGUUAAAAGCACGAUUGAGAACCGAAGUGAGCUGAAGGUGUUCACGGAUUUAGCUUCCAUUUCGGCUGGAGAGAAUGACAUUGAGAUUGACAGAUUGACCAGUUUUCAAGAUGCUGUCUCGGGUUACAGUCCGUUGUUAUACUCCUUAGAUGAGAAAGCAGGUUUUGAAGAGUUCAUUGCCCGUGCUCAGGAAGUCUGGGCUAAUCUCAAAAAAGAUGAAAAACUUCCAGAAAAACUAAAUGACUCCGCUUGUUGGUUAGACUGGCUGAAAGGACUGAGUGAGACUUAUGGCUCUGUGGAAAAGUCCUCUCUUUAUUUGGCCUCAGCAAUCAAUACCUGUGGUGUGUACCAUAUUGGCUGGCCAGAUCAUUUUUCUGGAAAAAAAUCCCUGGGCAAUGUUUUAUGUAUGAAGGUAAAAAACAGCGAAAUUGAUAAGACAUGCAGUCUCGAUGAAUUACUAGAGUUGCAGAACAAACUGAUGCUAAUGUCAUCCAAGGGAGCGCAUGACAAGGAGCAAGUAAACAAAUUCAUGGAGAUAUUUGAGGGAGUACAGAGAAUGGGGCGCAUCCUCAUGCAGCUAUGUUCAUCUGGCAACUUAUUGUUCCGGGACUUGAUUGCACUUGUAAUAUGCAACCAUGAAAAGGACCCAUGCAUUAACAUAAAAUUUCCUUUGCUUGAGAGACAUAUUGUGUAUCAUGGGCAUGUUGCAGAGGAGCUUCAAAAAGUAUGCCGCUCUAUGGAAGCCUGCCAUGAAGAUUGGCGUAGCUUUAUGUCUGAGUUGCGCUCUCAAUUCUAUGUGCUCAAUUAUUAUACCUCAGAACAAGUGGUCUACCUUUGCCACUGGAUCUACAAAAUCUGUGAAAAAGGAAUGCCUGUGCCACAACAAAUAUGGCACUUGCUCACUCCGCUUAAGCCAGAUAGUACACUGAGUGAUAUCAGACUUGCCUUUGUAAAGGCAAAAGAGAGUCGUCAGCCUGAACUUCAAAGCCACUCCAGUGCUAAAUCAGAGUCUGAACAGUCUAUGGAUAUUAGCAGACCCAGACAGCAAGAAGAAAACACUAAUAUUGACGAAGACACAGAAGAAGAGAGAGUUGACAUUUUCACUGAGGGUAUUCUAGAAGAACUUUCAUCUAGCUCUGAAGCAUAUUCUGAAGAAGAUUGUGAAAGUCUUCAGGAGGAUGUUGGAUCAGAAGAAAGUUUGGCAGAAGGCGAUCAGGAUGAGGUGGAGGACAGUAGCAAUGAAAUUGGGUCAGAAGAAGAUAUGAUGGAAACUUGUUCUGUCUCCUCCACACAGGCCCAUGAAUGCAAAAUUACAAACACAGUUAUGGAAACUCUGGAGAAUUUGUGGCAGGACUUCAGGAAUAACAUGCCCAAAUACCUUACACAAUACAUGGACGUUAAGACCCUUGCUCAGUUUCUUACCUGUUUCUCUGCUAUGAACAAACUAAACAUCAUGCGCAAGUUGCCAUCAAUUCUUCACGAUGGAAAGCCCAAUCUCAUUCUGUGCCCUGCUACAGAAUUAAUAACCAGCACACUUGCGUUGUACAUGAACAGCCCAGAACAGGCUUUUCCCUCAGUUGACGAGGUGCUAAUGUGCCAAGAGGACACAAGUGAAGAAGAGGUUGAAAUCUUUCUUCGGCGAUGCCUAGGUCAAGAUGCUCCAAGCCACCAUCAGAAAAUCUAUACAUUGGUUAAUCCAGGUUUACUGACCUAUAAUGUAAGCGUGGCUCUGGCAGAGCGUUUUGAGAAAAUGGAGAGGAGUGCUAGAUCUAAUUUUCGCAUGGUUAUAGUUUGUCCUGUGAACCAAGACAGAUAUAUCCCAUCAUUCUUUAGCAACUACAAGGUGCAAGCAGGAUUGACUGUUUCCUUAGAAAGUGGCAAGAAAUACCUUCGGCAUCACUUCUCUCCUCCCUGUGUUCAAGGCCGUCAACGUCAGGUCUUUCCAGAUGGUAUUUCUUCCUGGUUGAUUACAUCUAAACGUGCAGCUGUUGGAAAGUCACUCUAUGUUAAAAGGAUGUUCCAGAAUUUCAAGACAACUUUUCCAAAUGCCACUUAUCUGCCAGUUAGACUGAUAGAACCCAGUGUUGAUACAGAUUGCUUAGUUCGAACACUUUGUGAGAAGCAGUCACCACUGAAAGAACAAGAUCCUGUUCUCCUGCACAUUGACACUGCAGCUGUUUGUUGUGGUUUAGAGGAGUUCCUGUUCAGAUUACUAAUUCUAGGAUGUCUGAGUGACAGUGAAGGGAAACUAUGGAGGAGAAACACAGCCCACUUUAUUGCAGUUGAAGCACUUCUUCCAGAUUCUGCUGAUCAUAGACAACUGCAUCAAAAGUCAAACCAAGGUCUUCUCAGCUUACUGCCAACCAUUCACUGUAAACCACCAAAGGAAGUUAGAGUACUGGAGAUUGAAAACCAAAAUCCUCAGGUGAAAUACACAUCCUUAGACCCACUGAUGGACAUACAAGAGUUUAAGAGUGAAGGUGUUCAGAGACCUUACCAAUAUUUAAAGAGAUUCAACAGAAAUGAGAAUUUGGACCUUUUCAAAUAUAAAGCUGGAUCUGUACAGGGCAACAAAGUGGACUGUCUUCAUCAUCUUUUGACAAACUGUGGACUGGAGGACCCUUCAUGGGCUGAACUGAAGCACUUUACUUGGUUUCUCAACCUGCAGCUCAAAGAUUGUGAGAAUUCAGGAUUCUGUGAUCCAAACUUUUUUGGAAACAUUUUGAGUGGCUUCAAGAGCUUCAUAGUCAAAUUCAUGAUACACAUGGCUAGGGACUUUGCAUCUCCUUCCCUGAACAUCUCUGACCAAAGCCCUUCACUUCUCAGAGACAGUGACUCUGAAGAUGAUUUUUUAGCCAGGUUAACCAUUCGGAAGCGAUGGGAGAAUGAAUCUCAUCCAUAUAUCUUCUUUAAUGCAGAUCACUUGACCAUGACCUUCCUUGGUUUUCAUGUGGAGCAAAGUUCUACCCGAAAUACUCUUAAUGUUGUUGACCCACAAACUAAAAAAGUUUUGAUGGGAAAUGUAAUGUCACUUGACCUGUUCACAGGACUUCAGAAUCAAAGAAUUUCAUUUUCUGAAGACUUUGACCAGCUGCCAAGAGAGACCAAGAUACAAAAGAUUUCCUUUGUUGUUGGUGCUAAGAUAAGGAAACAUUUUGACCCUGAUCCCACAUACGAGCUCACUUCUGACAAUGUAAUGAAGAUGCUGGCCAUCCAUAUGAGAUUCAGGUGUGAAAUUCCAGUGAUCAUAAUGGGGGAAACUGGUUGUGGGAAGACCAGACUAGUGAAGUUUCUUUGUGAUCUUCAAAGGGAAGGUAGAGAUGUUGAAAACAUGAAACUGGUUAAAGUUCAUGGAGGAACUACUGCUGACACUAUAUACAAAAAGGUUAGGGAGGCUGAAAAACUUGCACAGAGAAACAGUCAACGAUAUGAACUGGACACCAUUUUGUUUUUCGAUGAGGCAAACACCACAGAGGCUAUUUUUGCUAUCAAAGAGGUACUAUGUGACAAGACUGUGCAGGGAGUUCCUUUGGAAGAAAAUUCCGGUCUGAAAAUAAUUGCUGCAUGCAAUCCCUACAGGAAGCACACUCCAAAAAUGAUUGAACGCCUAGAGAGAGCUGGAUUGGGGUACAGAGUAAAGGCUGGGGAAACAGAGGAUCGCCUUGGUCAAGUUCCCAUGCGCCAGCUUGUAUACCGAGUUCAUCCUUUGCCCCCAAGUAUGAUCCCUCUUGUUUGGGACUUUGGGCAGUUGAGUGAUUCAGCAGAAUGUUCUUAUAUCCAACAAAUUGUACAGAAACAAAUUGUAGAACACUGCUUGCCAUUUCAAUGCCAGAGCGUUAUCACCAAAGCUCUGGUAGCCUCUCAAAGACAUAUGCGUCAUCAAGUGGAUGAGUGCAGUUUUGUAAGUCUUAGGGAUGUAGAGAGAUCAAUGAGGGUGCUAGUGUGGUUCUACAAACACAGUAAGCACCUGUUUCCAAAAUGUCAAGAGACUGACAUCGUACAAGUGACAUUUAAAUGCUUGGCUCUUGCUUUGGGUAUUUGCUAUUAUCCAUCACUUGAGUUCAGAGACAACUAUCUACAGAAUAUUAGUCGUUUCUUUCCACAACCACUCAACUCCAAACAGGCACUGGAGCAUGAGAUUUCUUCUUGCCAAGACUUCUUCCUCCAGAACAUUCAAACACCAGAGACGAUUGCUAAAAAUUUAGCAUUGAAAGAAAAUGUCUUUCUCAUGGUGGUCUGCAUUGAGCUGAAGAUCCCACUCUUCCUCGUAGGCAAGCCAGGGAGCUCUAAAUCUCUUGCUAAAACUGUUGUAGCUUAUGCCAUGCAAAGGCAAGCCUCUCACAGUGAAUUGUUCCAGAAGCUAAAAGAGGUGCACAUGGUGUCUUUUCAGUGUAGUCCUCACUCAAGUCCAGAAGGGAUCACUGGAACUUUCAGGAAUUGUGCUUGGUUUCAAAAAGACAAGAACUUAGAUGAGUAUGUAUCAGUGGUAGUGCUGGAUGAGAUAGGAUUGGCAGAAGAUUCUCCGCAGAUGCCACUGAAAACCCUGCACCCUCUUUUGGAAGAUGGCUGCAUUGACAAUGACAGGCCAGAGCCACACAUGAAAGUGGGCUUUGUUGGAAUCUCAAACUGGGCUCUUGAUCCUGCUAAGAUGAACAGAGGUAUUUUUGUUUCUCGUUGGGCUCCAAGUGAAAACGAGUUAGUGGAGACAGCCAAAGGUAUCUGCUCAUCAUCCGAGUCAGUUAGUCACAAAAUCAGUCAUCUCCUGCCUAAAUUGGCAAAAGGCUUUUUAAACAUUUGUGAAAGUGACAACGAUCAAUUUUUUGGACUCAGGGAUUAUUAUAGUUUGGUGAAAAUGAUUUUUGCUGUAGUCAAAAACACAGACUGUGAGCCCAGUGACAGUGACUUAGCAAAGGCUAUAUUGCGAAAUUUCAGUGGACAAAAAGACAACUUUGAUCCUCUCUGUCACUUCCAAGAUCUCUUCUCAAACAGUCAUGAAGUCCCUAUGAUAAGCACACUGGAAAUGAUUAAACAAAACCUUGGUCACAGCAACGACGAAGAAUGUCGCUAUCUUCUUCUGCUCACAACAAACAAUGCUGCCUUAUACAUCAUUCAGCAGUAUAUUUUUUCCAAGGAUGAAUACACCUGCCCUGAAAUUGUGUUUGGUUCAGGAUUUCCCAAAGAUCAGGAGUAUUCUCAAAUCUGCCGCAAUGUGAGUCGAGUGAAGACAUGCAUGGAAACUGGCCGGACUGUCAUCCUCUUGAAUCUGCUUAAUCUAUAUGAGAGUCUGUAUGAUGCAUUGAACCAGUACUAUGUGUAUUUUAGUGGGCAGCAGUAUGUCGACCUGGGAUUAGGGUCGCACAGAGUAAAGUGUCGAGUUCACAAAGAUUUCAGACUGGUUGUGAUAGAGGACCAGGAAAAGGUCUAUGAAAAGUUUCCUGUUCCACUGAAAAACAGGCUGGAGAAGCAUAGAGUAGACAGGAGUACAGAUUUGACACCAUGGCAGCACAGAGUUCUGGAUAAACUCAAGAACUGGGUGAACGAUUUUUCCCAGUACUCUGGGACAUCUGCAUCUGAUUUUGGUUCAUCCGAUGCCUUUGUUGGUUUUCAUGGAGAUGCAUGUGCCAGUGCUCUCCUGCAGGCAUUAGAAAGAAGAGGAAAACAGGAUCAUCAGAAAGUGGGAGAUGGUCAAGUUGACACUGACAUGCCCAGCAAAAGGCACAACAGUAUAUCAGUGUCCACAGACUUUAGCAAUAUGUCUAUGUCCACAGAGGAUGACAUAAACGAAAAUAAGGACCAGGUCUAUGAUCAAGAAGAAGGAGUUAAGUCUCAUCACACUACACCCAAUGAUGACAAGGACAGUUCUUCGUCAGACAGUGACACAGGAAAGGCUCUCCAAAAUGAAAACAAUGAGGGACUUGCCUUGAUGAAUGUAGAUGACAGUGAGGAUGGUAUUGAAGCUGAAGGUGAACAAGAUGCCCAUGGGGAAAUUCCCAAGUCUGUGGAAAUGGAUAUAAAUCCAGAUGACCUUGAGGAAGUAAGGUUAAAGGAAUCCAAAGAUGAGGAGGAAGAGGUCUAUGAAUGUGCCAAAUACUUCUUGUUGAACUGUGCCACACCAGAUUCUGUGUUGAGGCUGAAGAACUCAGGGCUGGGAAACCAUGAAGUAGAAAGACUUCAGAGGCUGUAUUUUCAUCAGCAAGACCACCAUUCCCUCAGAGGAUUUAUGGACAGUCAUUUGAAGAAGACUGACAAGGAAAAUAAGAGAUUCAUAGAGGUAACCACCUUCUCUAGUCUGCUAACUAAAGCCGAUCUACGAAAUCUGGCCCAGGGUUUGGGUCUGUCCAUGGAGGGGCUCCUUUUGCUCUCUCUGCACCAGUUUGACACAGAGGCUUCUUUCUGUAGCAAAAUUCGAGGCUUCCUGAAGACAGCACACCUGUCUCUGAACAUCUUGUUGGUUCAGAUGGAUAUGGAUGAAUCACUCUGCAAAAAUGAACUCACUGCUUCGGCAAUGUACUGCUGCUUGAAUGAACUUCUUGCUUUUCAGUCAGAAGAUCACAACUGCUAUAUUGUGUUUAUCACAAAACUCUCAAGGAUUGCAAGUGGCAAUAAGUAUAUUGGAUUCCAGGGAGGUGCAUGGCUUUCGACACAUAUUGAUGACCUUAGAGACACCAAUGACAUGAGCUUGGAUCUCUCUGUUUUUUGUGGAACACCAAUAAGCAAGCUACUCUCCAAGCCGUUACAACUUGUUGCCAUGGAAGUAGAAGAUCAAGAAGAUGUCACAGUCAAAAGCCAAGGGGAUGAAUCUGCAUACCUGCACAGUUUGUCUUUGGUGAGGUCAUGCACUCAGAAAGCUGUUUCACUACUUAGAGACUCUGUUAUUAAAGCUUCUAGGAGUAUGGUGCGCAUGCACACUCUUCUUGGCCUUCUGGAAAAGGACGUGGGGCAUAAUGGAGCACGUUACCAGGAAAUAUUGCUUAGACGAUUGGUGGUGGCCCUGACACAGAGAGAGGAGGAUAUACUUGAUUCUGGAGACUGGGUGAACAGAGAAAUAAUGAAGCGGGAGGCCUUGCAAGAAGGUGGCACUCUCAGGCACACUCUGUGGCGAUGUCUACAGGGAGUUCUGACCCCAAUUCUGGCCCGGAUAUUAGAAGUGUUGGACAGAGACUCUAACCUGGACUUGGUGUACGGUGCAGGGCUCAAUGAAGGGCUUGUCCAGUUCUGGCUGGACAUCUUUGAUGAUGGGCAGAUUUUAGACCUGCCAGUGCCACAGAACUCAAGUUCCUCAGAACAAGAGAUUGAUGUGCAGUGCAAUCUGGUGGUGAGUGGAGAGGCGUUCCCCUGCACUGCACCUUUUAGUUGGCUCAUCAGACUGUACUGUCAUAGCCUGUGGGAGGAGUCUCAGUUUGUGCAGGGUAUUGAACAGAGCAGCCACAAGAGAAUCCAGCAGUUUGUAAGUGCAGUGACUGGCAGUCGGUUGGGUGGCUACAUGGAAAAACUUUCAGAGACAGAGCGCAUAGAACUGGGCCAGAGAUAUCUCACUGAUUUUGUAAUACUCUCCUUCAAAAUCAAGAGUGAAGAAGAAGCGAAGGUGUUCCGUGCAGCGGUGUUAAGUUGUGCUACAGCUCUGCAGCAGGACAUGGGUGUGACUGCUGAUCUUUCUCCAGCCUGGAUCAUGGCAGCAGCCCGACACUUCAGUCUACGACUCGACACACUCUUACACAUUCUGCAGAUCCAGCCUCAGUUAGCUCCUCUCAUUCUGAAACAGUCCUCACAGAAAGGCCUACCAGACAUGCAUGAAGACAUUCUAGCUCUUGGGAUAUGUGUGGAGGAGACUAAGCUUCAGUCCAUUAAAUCGGUUUCUGAGGGCUUAGUCUUUCUGGGCAGAGUUGAAUUGCUGCAGCCCUGCUUGCAGAGUGCAUUCAGUCCCACUUACAGCUCCCUCUGCAGUCCUGUCUGCCUCAAACAUCUGGAUGCUAUAAAGUCUGUAUGGCAGGGGAUGCUGGUGGUUGCUGCUUUUAUCGAGCAAGUUGUGGUGCAAGUAAAUUCACGUGAUCAGACACUGGUGGCACUGACACUUAAACACUGCAGCCAGUUACAGCGGCUGAUGGAGGAUCGUCCUGACCUUCAGAGCAAAGCCUGUCUGCAGCAGCUCAUCCGUAUCCUCAACGAUUACCAUGAGGAAUCCAUAAGCAGAGAGUUACGUUUUGGCCUGAAGUGUCCCGUGUGUCUGGAUGACUUGGCUGAGCCCUGUGUCCUACAGUGUGAGCAUGUGUUCUGCCUGUCCUGUAUGAAGCAAUGUAUGCAAGGAAGGGAAGAAAAAUGCCCUAAAUGCAGGACACAGCUUCCUCCUAACUACCAGCCAGCUGUCUCAGCCAGCAUAGAUUUGUCCCUAAAACAACAUCGAGAGUUAAGGAGAUGCUGUAAUUCCUUCUUUUUGGAGGUGAUCUCUCGUUUUUGCUUCUCCAAGGAACAGAACCCCAAAGAGGACAUGGUGGAGCUGCUCUUCUCUCUGCUUAUCUCAGCACAGGGAGACGUGUAUAAGACAAGAGAGCUAACCCCUUUCCUGGAAUGUGUUGACCAGAGUCCUGUGGUACGAUCUGUGUUGCCUAAACUCUUACUGCAAUACAGUUUUCAGCAAGUAAAGGGCCAUAUUCAGACAUAUUUGGAAAACCUGGAGGACAAACUCCUGGUUGAUGAGGACAGGAUGGAACUUUACAGACUUUUUGUCAACUGUUUCCAGGAUUCCUUGCUUUGUGUGCGUUUGAGUGAAACUCUGGAGGCCAAAGAACUUCAGCAACGUCAGCAGGAAGACAUUAGGUUUCUCAGCCGAUUGGCUCGUAAGCAAACGCCAUCAAGGGAGCAUCAGCCGGCCGAGUUUCUUCUGUCCAUGGCCCGUCUCAGGAUGUGUCUGGACACUGCUGCUUGCAUACUGCCCAGGGCUGUCAGCCAUAAGAGCGGAGAAUGUGUUGAAUGGGAGCAGAGACUGUUAGAGGAGGUGAAGGCGGUCUGUGAGUAUACUCAGAAUGACUGGUAUAGAGUCUACCUGCUCAGAUCUCUUAACAGGCAGGCGGGCAUAGACUGUGUACAGGCCGUGAUGAACAGCGCCCCCUACGAUUGGGUCUUCCCCGCUGAGCUCCUGCGACUACAGAGGUUGAUUCCUGUCGAGGUGGAUCGAUUUCUGUGCUGCGGUGAGCAGUAUCGCACUGUCAGAAAUGGAGUGGGCCAAGUGCUGCUGGAGUCCAACAGAAACGCACUUAAAGCCGCCCUGCAGAAUGUACGCAGUUCAGAGUCUGCGAGGAGAGUUCUCCUGGCUUUGGCUUUGUUCAGACAGGUAACCUGCCGCCUAGGGUCACCUGACUCAGCCAUAUGCCCUGGAGAACAGGAGUUAGAUUUGCUUAAGGGCAGUGUGAGGGAGAGCACAACAGGGCACUUGUAUGAGCUCUGCAACAGCCUUUUAUCAAAUCCAUUUGGAGGUCAUGUGUCUCACCUGUAUGCUUGUGCAAACAAAUCAGCACAGAGACGUCUUCUUCUGGAGAUCCUGGUUCAUGCCAUCGCUGUGUUCCAUAGUGGGAGUCGACUUCUCUAUCCGCUCCACCUCAUUGCCUCUAGGCCACAGAGUAUGAAGGAAACAUUUCUUCCCACCAUGCCAGAUGACAACACCAGUAUGAUCACUCAGUGGUUAAACGAGCGAAAGCUGAAGAAAUACUAUUGUAAAAAUGGUCACCUGUCUUUUGUUGGAGAGUGUGGGAGGCCAGUGGUUGAGGGAAAUUGUGACACAUGUGGCGUGCGUAUUGGUGGUCAACGCCACAACCCAGUAGAUGGAUUCAGUGAAGUCCAAGGCAAUAUGGGUGAUCGGACCCGACCAGGCCAUAUUCUGGAUGAUGCUGCCCGCAGAUCUGAUGCUCCAAACAGAGAUCUGUCUAUGGCCCAGUCCUGUGUGCUGCGUCUCUUCCUUCAUCUGGCCAUGCUGCAUGGAUCCUCUCUCAGUCCCCAGAGUAUCCAUGCAAUGAUUCACCCCACUGUGAACAAUGCCCAAGAGUUUCUGUGGCGCCAUCUUGAAAAGGACAUGGAUGUUCUGGGGAAGACUCUGAAUCUGAACUGGGACGACACAGCCAUCAUGGUUCAUCUGAUCCUCAACACCUCAGCACAGCUCCCCACAGUUCGUGUCCAGCAGGGGGAAAGAGAAUGGUCUUCUCGACAUGCUCGGGAGCAGUGGGAGAAGCAUGUUUGUGAAACAGUCAUCAGUCCUAUUCUAAAGGAUUUGAACAGACACUUAAGUGAUGCUCAGGAGCAGGUUGCAGCUGACAAUAAGCUGUCCAACAGCGCUCUGAUGAAGACGUUAAAGGGAGACCCUCGUUCCCUCCUUUCUCUCGCCUCUGAAUGUCCCAGCCAUCAUGCUUCUUUCUGGACGCCCCCAGACACCCUGACAGUGGAGCAUCUUUCUCAGCUUAUUGCCCAAAAGCAGGCACAGAAACGAGUUCCCCUCCUCUCGUUGUUUCUGGAAAAAGUGCCGUAUAUAAGACACCUGGCUUGUCUGCCUGACCUUGCAGCCCUGUUGUCGGAUCUGAUACAAAUAGUGCCGAUAGAUGCUGAGACGCACUCUUCUCCCAUUACUACACUGCUUCACAACAUUCCUGCAGGCCUCCAUAGGAAUACACUCAAAAAAAGGCUACAGACCUUCUUCAUGGUGUGGAACCAUCUCAGAAUGGAGCUAGCUAAUAAUGCUACUGUAGGUGUGGAUCCAGAACUAUGUAUGAAGGACAUAACCAUGGACAGUCCUGUUAAGUACCUCUGCCUGAGCCGUCGUGGACCAGGCUCGUGUCUGCACGCUCUCGUCGAGCUGCUGUCAGAAACUCACAACAGCCUGGUGCGAGAAGCUCAGAAGCUCAGCCGCCAGGAAGACAGUGACUACAGUGUUCCUGUAGGGGUGCUGUCUGAGAACCAGUUGGCACUGUGCCACCCAGAAAAGGAGUUGCUGCCCCUGGUCUUAGCUCACUGCCACUACACACUAGUGAAGGGUCAACAAACUGCCAGUGACUACGACCUGCAGGCUAUUGAGAAACAACUUCACAGACACUUUUUCGCUGGCAAGCCACGCAUCCAAACAGACACUGAAAAGUAUCUGAAGAGGCAUCAUCAAGAUUUUUCAGAGGUUUUGAAAGAUGUCAGAAGCAAGAUACCCCAGGAGCCGCUGAAGGCCUCAGUAUGCAGCUGGAUAAGAACAGUGCUGCGUUCCUUCACUGAUGUGUGUGACACUGUGUACACUCUGGAGAUUGGCCUGCGUUUCCUGGGUAAAACUGGAGGACGUGCAAAAUCCUCACUACUGUCCUAUCUUCAGGAAUCUCUCAAGAUGGAGCAGCACAUCUCCAGCAGUGUAGCCGAGGCUUUGGCAGAUAUCAGGCUGGAUCAGUGUACAGCCACAUGGCAGCUGCUGACCUGCUGGAGGAGUGAGUUGAAGCUGAGGAGAGGACAGGAUCCUAUCCCAAAACUUUCUAAAGAGUAUAGAGAGACACUUUCUGCUGAUGGCCAGAAAGAGAUGAAGGAGUUCCUGGACAUCACUGAUGUUGAACUUUUCACUCUGGAGCUUCAUGAGAUCCUGCUUUUAAAGACAGACAUCACCUCAGAAGCCAGAUACCCUUCUCACUGGGACAUCAGAGGCACUCUGGAAACACAUUUGGAUCAAAAAGGAGCCCCUGUUUUGCCUGGACUAGACAAUUUUUCAGAGGAGAUCUGUCUGAGCAUGGGUGCAGAGGUCUGGAGGCUUGCUGUAGACUUCAGGAGAUGACUGUGUUCCUCAAACCUAUUUCAUUGUGAUGCAUAGCUCUACUGUAAGCGACAAGUGCUAAAGUUUUUAUGUUCCGUCUUUCUAUACCCACUGAUUUUGUCAUGUAAAUUGUCUCAGGUUGCGAAUCUGAAUUAAUUCCCAAGCAGUUCUUGAAUUACUACGUACUAUUGAUCGUUUUACGACGAUGCAUCUGAAUACAUUGGUGUACACGUAUUAAUGAUAUCAAAAGUGAUUAUUAAGCCCCCCCCCCCCCCCCCCCCCACACACACACACACACAGUGACAGACAACGUUUUGAGGCUCUUGUGUUUAAUCUUUUAUAUUUUGUCUUAGCCAACCACCUGUUAAAUUGGAUGUUCCUAUAGUUAUUCUUUUUCAUCAGUUCAUGUCGAAGCCUACUGGGAACUGGCAAAUAAUGAGAACCUUGUUAAUAAAAUCUAAAUCUUUCCUUCCUUCCUUCCAUCCCAAUUAUAGCAGAAAUAAGGUUCAGGUUCUUUUUUCCCCUAAAUACUAUUUUCCACCUUUAAAGCUGUAUGUAAGUUUAUUUGAAAAAUAAAUAUUUGCUACCUUAA